AGCCCGAAGGAGAGGGAGGGAGAGAGCGAGCAGCUGGGCAUGAGCCUGGAGAGGGUCUAACUUGCUCUGCCUUCCCUGUCCAAACAAUGCUGGGUCUCUCUGCGCCCCUGCUCGCCCUCUGCCUUGCAGCCUGGGCCCCGGGCCCUGUGGAGGGGGCCCCCCGCACUGCCAUCCCCAGCCUCCUGCGGAAGAAGCCCACCAGCGGCCCCACCGCAAGCCAAGGGACAGCUCUCCCCAGCCUGGCCUCCGUCACCUCCCCUGCCCCUUCCAAGAGCAAGCCGGCAAGAGGGACAGCCGCUCCCCACCCCACCUCUCCUGCCCUCCUCUGGACCACCACCGCCCCGUCUGGCUCAGGGCGCCUGGAAGAGCCCCUGUCCACCGCCAGCCAGGCCAAGAAGAUGAGGCUCUCCACGGAGAAGACAGCUGGGGAGAAAGCUGUGAAGAAACCUGUCCGCGUUAAAGUAGUCAAGAAGAAGAUCUUGAAGAAGAAGAAAGUCAAGCCUUCCAUCCAGGAAACAGCUGCAAAAGAGGCCUCAGAAUGCCCCCCGCUUGGACUCGAGUCUCUGAGGGUGCGGGACUCCCAGUUCCGAGCAUCCAGCUUCCAGCGUGAUGGCCUUGGGCCCCACCGCGGGCGGCUCAACAUCCAGUCUGGCAUCCAUGAUGGCGAUUUCUAUGAUGGUGGCUGGUGUGCUGGCCACAAGGACAGAGACCAAUGGCUGGAGAUCGAUGCCCGGCAGCUGACACGUUUUACUGGGGUCAUCACGCAAGGGCUGAACUCCAUUUGGACCUACGACUGGGUGACUUCCUAUAAGAUCCAGUUCAGCAACGACACUCAUAGCUGGCAGCCGAGCAAGAACGGAAGCGAAGACGCGGAGUUCCCUGGAAACAAGGACCCUGAGACGCCGGUCCUCAACCUGUUUCCCGUCCCAGUGGUGGCCCGUUACAUCCGCAUCAACCCUCAAACGUGGUUCGAGAAUGGGACUAUCUGCCUGAGGCUGGAGGUCCUGGGUUGCACGGUGCCAGACCCCAACAACAUCUACUUGUGGGACGCCACACCAGUAACCAAUGACAAACUGGACUUCAGGCACCACAACUACAAGCAGAUGAGGAAGCUGAUGAAGACGGUGAAUGAUGCCUGCCCCAACAUCACCCGGGUAUACAGCAUCGGGAAGAGCUACCUAGGCCUGAAAAUGUAUGUCAUGGAGAUUUCUGACAACCCCGGAGAGCAUGAAGUCGGGGAGCCAGAGUUCCGUUACGUGGCCGGCAUGCACGGCAACGAGGCCCUGGGGCGGGAGCUGCUGCUCAACCUGAUGGAAUACCUCUGCCACGAGUACAAUCAGGGCAACCCUCGCAUCCUGCAGCUGGUCACUGAGACCCGGAUCCACCUGCUGCCCUCUAUGAACCCAGAUGGCUACGAGACAGCCUUUAAGCUGGGCUCUGAGCUAUCCGGCUGGGUAAUGGGCCGGUGGACAUACGAAAACAUUGACCUCAACCACAACUUUGCUGAUCUCAACACGGCCCUGUGGGAUGCGGAGGACAACGAGAUGGUGCCUGACAAGUUCCCCAACCAUUACAUCCCCAUUCCAGAGCCCUACACGUUUGCCAAUGCCACGGUGGCCCCAGAGACCCGGGCGGUCAUCAGCUGGAUGCAACGCUACCCUUUUGUGCUGAGCGCCAACCUGCAUGGAGGUGAGCUGGUAGUGACGUAUCCCUUCGACAUGACCCGCACCUACUGGAAAGGGCAGGAGCUCACGCCCACAGCCGACGAUGCCGUUUUCCGCUGGCUCGCCACCGUCUACGCUACCUCCAACUUGGCCAUGCUGGACGACGACCGGCGCCUCUGCCACUAUGAUGACUUCAUGAGGGAAGGCAACAUCAUCAAUGGAGCCAACUGGCACACUGUGCCUGGAAGUAUGAAUGACUUUAGCUACCUUCACACCAACUGCUUUGAGAUCACCGUGGAAUUGUCCUGUGACAAGUUCCCCCACGAGUCAGAGCUGCCCCGGGAAUGGGAAAACAACAAGGAAUCCUUGCUGCUCUACAUGGAGCAGACCCGCAGGGGGAUCAAAGGCAUUGUCCGAGACAAAGACACGGAGCAAGGCAUCGCAGACGCCAUCAUAUCGGUGGAUGGCAUCAACCACGACAUUAGGACAGCUUUCGACGGGGACUACUGGCGCCUACUAAAUCCUGGUGAGUACGAGGUCACAGCUGCAGCUGAGGGCUACCACCCAGUCACCCGGAGCUGCCGUGUCUCUUAUGAGGACAACCCCACCAUCUGUGACUUCCGCCUGACAAAGACACCCAAGCAACGGCUGAGGGAGAUCCUGGCCAAAGGCGGGAAGAUCCCCAAGGACCUCAUCUUGCGCCUUCGUCAGCUGCGGCUGCGCAAACUGCGGUCCCAGAGACGGGCCCAGUGAGGGGGGACCAUUCAACCAUCUCCAGGUUUCUCCUGAACAAGGAAGAUGUUGUCGGAUUUUGGAUAUCUAGUUAUUGACACACGUGCCGUUGGCCUACAAACAAUGCGUGAUUUCUGGCCUUUGGGGCAAAUAGAUAUAAAUCAGCCCCAAUAUUUGUCCAGGCAAGUUGUUCCCACCAUCCCAAGCACUCAUGGUAAUAUUUUUUUUCCUAUUUUUGGUAUUGUGCUUGCCAGCUUGGCUGGUUUGGUAAUUGGCACCCACUAAGAACUAUACAUUUUACAGUCAUACUUAUUAAGGAGAUCUUAAAAAACAAUACUGACUUUCUAAAUAGACCUGCUUGGGUUUAAGCAUAUCUAUACAUUCCUCUCCUGGAAGCCCUUCCUUCUAAUCCCAGAAUUGUGGGAGCUGGUUGUAGCUGCUCAAUGGCUAAUACAAAGCACUCUGCUCAUGCACCAAGAAACUCUUGUCCUUUAUUGCUUCACACGUCCCAGGGUUGAACCCUGGCAUUGACAGCCACUUCCAGGUGAGCCCUGAAGCCAUCUUAAAUUCUAGUUCAAAAUAACAUCACCUAUCCAAAUGCAAGCUAGUGUGCUUUUCCUUGUCCAACUGAAUUACCACAGGACUAACCUGUGUGUGGAUUUUCAAUGAUUUAUCAGGAGUGGGUGUCAGUUCAAGGGAAACGAAACUGGGGGGGGUAGGUGUAAAUCCCACCCCAAAAAAGCAUUUGGCCAGAACCGGAGAGAGCUCCUGUGCCUUUAAGAGUGGCAGUGAAGGAGAAAUAAUGCCCUCAGGUGAGGCUUCCGCCAUCACUCCCCCGCUCUGCUGGGAAAAGCCUCUCCUGGGGUGGGGGAUCUCCCUCCUAUAGAAUGCUUAAAGGGAUAGGAACACUCUCAAGGGAUCAAACUUGGCAAGUGAAAUAAAAUUCCCACAAGAAUUUCUUGAGAGUCAGGUGCUGACACCACAAUUCUCCCAGUGGCAACAAAUGUCAUUGGGGCGCAGGCUUCUGAGCUCAGUGGAGGCCCUGAUCCUGAGGGCACAUCUGCAUUUUCUUUCUUCUGAGGACCCGAUUCACGCAAACAGUGCUGGCCUCCCUUAGCAUCGUUCAGCCUUCUCUAACCUGGCGCCCUCCACAUGUUUUGGACUACCACUGUCAUCAUCCCUGAUCCAUUUUACUAGGCUGGCUGGGGCUGAUGGGAGUCCCAAAAUAUCUGGAAGGCUCCAUAUUGGGUGAAGGCUGGCAUAAUUGAUCAAGACUAUCAGCCCAGGAAUUAUAGCCGCCAUAACUGGAAACAAUGACAACUCACCCAUGGCUCUGUGCAUGUGCGUGGAAUUCCAAGGUGAUGCCAACCCAUUUCAAAAUGGCAGCACCCGUAGACAAGGGUAGAGAAAUUAGGGAUAUGGCCAAGUUGCCCCUUCCGCAGUGGAUAUCUCUCCCCUAGAGCUUUAUGUAUUGUCUGUAUAAUUUUCUUGAAUACGAGGGCUGUGUGUGUGUGUGUGUGCAUCAUGACACCUGCACAAACCAAUGCCGUGCAACUCUUGUUCUGAUGGGCAGGCCCUGACUUGAACAUGCCGUGAACAGUUGCCUUGGUUUUCCAAGGCCUAUGGGUUGGGGGGGGGGAUGUGCCCUGCCUAGCAGCAUCAACCGGGAAGGAGGAGCCUAGUUUUGAGAGAACUGUUUCAAAUGAAAAUGCUGGCAUUGGAGUGCCCUUGCGAGUCAAGCGGCACGCAAACUGUUACUGUUACCAAAUAAACUUUUUGCUAUUUAACCUUC